AUGUCCCGGCAUUGGGCGGGGGGCGUGGCGCUUCCCGAGGACGAUGGGCAGACGGAGGCGAAGGAGGGCGGCGAGACUCUGGCAAGUGGCGCUCGCGCCGGGGAGCUUAUGCCGGCUGUGGCGGGCCCGGUCGGUCCAGACACCGACCUGGAGCUGCCGCCGACACGAGCAGGGCAGGGCUGGCGAGAGGUUCGCCGUGAGGAGCGCACCGUCCUUCGCGGCGCCCGGGGGCUUCGGGAACGCGCUCCGGGCUCCAGCCCAGGCGAGGACCGGGUGGCCUCGGCCCGCCCCGCGCCCACCCGCCGUGCCGGGGCCAGGGGAGCGCGCAAGCCCCGGGCGUGGAGGGGAGGCGUGAGGCCGCUUGCUCCGCCUUGCGGGGCCCGGUGCGAGGGACUCGCGGGAGAGGGAGCUCCGGCGCCGGGCCGGGCGCCGGGCCGGGGCCGCCCUCGCUGCGGAAGAGUCGCCCGGCCGCGGCAGGAGACGCCGGGGCCGCGCCGACGCGAGGCAGCCUGGCCCGGGGACGACUCGGGCCGCAAGCAGCUCGUCCGAGGGCCUGCCGGCGGCCGGCGCCCGUGCACCACGGUGCCUUCCAGCAACGACUCCGCCAGCGCCAGCGCCACCCCCGAGCAGGCGCCAGGAGAGCUCCACUCGUCCCCAAUGAACGUCUCCGCCGUGUCUGCCUCCUGCCCCAUCGUCUUCUCCAGUUUCCAGUUUGUCCUCAUCCCAGUCCUGUUCUGUGCCAUUUUCAUCCUCGGACUGGUGGGCAACAGUGUGGCGAUCAUGGUGCUGUGUGGGCACAAGAGCCCCAGGACGGUGGCCAACGUCUGCAUCGUCAACCUGGCCGUGGCGGACCUGCUGGCCCUGGCCACGGUGCCGUUCUGGGCCGCUUACUAUGCCUACGGGUACAACUGGCUCUUCGGCCCCGUGAUCUGCAAACUCGCCAGCUCGAUCCUGUGCCUGUCCAUGUUUGCCAGCAUCUUCUUCAUCAUGCGCAUGAGCGUCAGCCGCUGCCAGGCCAUCGUCCACCCGUUCCGGGCGCAGCGGGGCACGCUGCGGCAGGCGCUCUCCAGUGCCUUGCUCGUGUGGGGCCUGGCAGCCCUCCCCUCGCUGCCCACCUUCUACUUCCGUGAUACCCUGUACAUCGAGGAGCUGUCCGUGACGGCCUGCGUCAUGGCCUUCCCGUUGGAGAGGUACUCCAGCUGGUCCGCGGGGAUGGCCCUGAUGAAGAACCUGCUCGGCUUCCUGGUCCCCCUGGUCGUCAUCACGGUGUGCUACGGGUGGAUCUGGGUGCACCUGAGGAGGGCGCGCCGUUUCCAGAGGGGCAAGCGGACGAGGGACCGGGUGCCGAAGCUCGUGGCUGCCGUGGUCGUGGCCUUCGUGAUCUGCUGGCUGCCCUUCCACAUCCUGACCUUCAUGGAUGCUCUGUCCUGGGUGGGCGUGAUCCGCAGCUGCCCCGUCACCUCCGCGAUCGACGUCGCCCUGCCCUUUGGGCUGUCCAUGGGCUUCGUGAGCAGCUGCAUCAACCCUUUCUUGUACUAUUUCAUCGGCAGACAAUUCCGAGACAGGCUGCAGCAUUUGCUGAAGCUGAGGCUGUACCAGUUCAGCAGCAGCCGGGAAGUGUUUUGCCCCAGCAAAAGCGGCUCUGUCAAAACCGUCGAAUCCGUGGCUGGAGCGAGAGCUGGGGGAGGCGGCCCCCAAAGGCCCCAGAGCAAGAGAAGGCCUGCCGGUCCCGUCCUGCGGCCACCAGUGCGGCCUUGCCUGGCCCACAGCGGCCCCCCCGAGGUGCACAGGGAGUCGCAAGUGGGAGAGGAGCACAAGGACCUUCUCCGGCUCACGAUCCCCAGCAACUGGGCACAUGAAGCGCUGCGGCAGGUCCUGGCCGCAGGGGCAGUUCCAGGUUUCCGAGGCCCUCGAGCAGGGAGGGCGUCCUGGGCCCCCUCCCUCAAUGAGUCUGCCCUCUCGCCACCACGGCCCCCAGCUGCCCUCGCCCCUCGCCCCACCCCUCCUGCCCCUCGCAGGCAGCAGGGUGCCCUCCUGCCCCUCCUCCUCAUCACGCUGUGGCCUGGGGCGCCGAAGAGGCAGCUGGCGCAGCAGUGA